AUGGAGAAGACGGAUGCCAGAGACCAGGCAUCACCCCCAAGGGACGGAGAAAAAGAGGCUCCCCAGAGUCACCCCUAUUCUGUGGAGACCCCGUACGGUUUCCACUUAGAUCUGGACUUUCUGAAGUAUGUGGAUGACAUCGAGAAGGGAAAUACCAUUAAGAGAAUCCACAUCCACAGGAAAGCCAAGCAGCCCAAAUUUAGUACUCUGCCUCGGAACUUUAGUCUCCCCGACAGUGGUGCCAGGCCCCAUGCAGCUGCUCCCCACCAGCCCCGGACCUCCACCUUCUCAGGCCUGCCCAGAAAGACCUCUCUGGGGGCAGAGGAAUCCCCCGGGGAGCCUGCUCAGCCCUCGGCCUCCGGGGGUGAGAUCAGCUACAGGAGGAGAGCCCUACUGGCCGAGACCAUCCGCCAAGCGGAGGCCACGCCGGCUGCUGAGGCUGAGCUGGAUGGCGGGAGGGGGAGGCCCCAGCUGCUGCGGGCUUCCAGCAUGCCGGUGACCCUCCUCCAGCGCAAGCUCUCCGACGAGCAGAGCCUUAGCUCGGGCCUCUCUGAGGCUCAGCCCCAAGAUGAAGAGGGCUUCUCAGAGGCUGCCUUUGGCCCUGCGGAGGGCUUUUCCGAUGCCCGCAGCUCCAGCCCACCAGCAGCCACUCAAGGCCAGAUGGAGGAGCUGGCGGGUGUGGCGCCGGUGAUCCCUGACCCUGGCCAGGACGGGCCAGAACGUGGGCACCAGGACGAAGGGCUCCAGAACCAGAGCUGUCUCCCGGGCCAGGCUUCCUUUCCCCAGGACCUUCCUGUGGUCCUGGAGAGCACAGAAGAAGAGCCGAAGGCCCCAACCCCCGGGACCCCCACCCCAAGCCCGCCGCCGCUGCCCUCCCCCAUCCCUGAGAAUGAAUUCCCCUCGGAAAUCGAGCUGAACAUCAGCGAGAUCCCCCCGCCCCCGCCUGUGGAGCUGGCCGUCAGGAGCGUGGGCAUCCGGGUGACCGAGGAGAGCCUGGGCCUCGCGCCUUGGCAUCUGGACGGGCCUGCUCUGAAGCAGCAGAUCCUCCGCCUGGACCGAGAGUUAGCCCGGAGGACGGAGGAGCUGGCCGAGGUCAGGGGCCUCCUUCGGCAGCAAGAGGCCGAGCUCCAGAACAAAGAGCGGAGCAUUCAAGAGCUGAUGGGCGCCCUGGCCCAGCUGGAACAGCGGCUCGGCCAGAGCCACGCCAGGGACUCCCGGAGCGAUGCCGCUGCGAACACGGAGCCCCCCGGCUCGGUGUGCGACAAGGGCGUCCAGGCCCAGCUGCCCGCCGCCGUGGAAGUCGGCCCCCCGGCGCCCCCCAGGCAGGGCUCCCCGCUUCAGGCCCUUCCCCAGGAGCCCGACGGCUUCCCGCCCUCCCCCAGCCACAGCUAUCUCUGUACCGAGCUCAAGAUUGAGGAGCAGGAGCCCGAGCAGGGGGGCGGGGCCGGGGGCUCCCCAUCCAGCGCGGGCACCGGCGCCUCCUCCCCAGGGACGGAGCAGCGCGGCUCCCCUCCCGACGUCACCAUCGGCCAGUACGUGAAGAAGAUCCAGGAGCUCCUGCACGAGCAGUGGACGUGCCUGGAGCACGGCUACCCCGAGCUGGCCAACGCCAUCAGGCAGCCCGCGUCCAAGCUCAGCUCCAUCCAGAGCCAGCUCGUCAGCUCGCUCAACCUGCUGCUGUCCGCCUACUCGGCCCAGUCACCGCCCGAGCCCGAGAAGACCCCCAGCGGGGCCCCCGCCCCGGAGAUCUCCCCGUCGACAAGCCUUAAGUCCAUAAUGAAAAAGCGAGACUAUGGCUUCCGCGCAGGAGGUAAUGGGACCAAAAAGAACCUUCAGUUUGUUGGGGUUAACGGUGGCUACGAGACAACCUCCAGCGAAGAGACCAGCGGCGAGGACAGCGCCUCCGAGGCUUGUUCCGACGGGGAGUCCGACAGGAAGGGAGACGGCCCGGAGCACAAGCUGGGCAGAGCCGCAGAGGGAAGCCAGCAGAUGGUCCAGGGCACCGCGGAGGGCCCCGGGAGCCCGGGCCAGGAGAGCAGUGCCGGCGGGGGAGAAGGAGCUACGGCUGGUGCCCAUCACAAGUCGGAGAGGCGAGAAGAGCCCCUUUGCAGAGCUCGGCCCCUGGGCUGCCGCAGCCCUGGCGGCCUUCCUCUCCGGGACAGCCCAAGCGGGGCGCGUUCUCUGGGUGGAGAAAGCCGAUUUCUAGGUUCUUGGAAGGCCUCUCCGGUGGCGUUCUGGCUUCGGCGGUCCUGGAGCAUCCGCUCUCUCUACUGCCUCUCCAGGACCCGAUAUAAGCCCUCGGAAGAAUUUCUGGCCGGAUGCCGCCUGUUGAGCCAAUAUCAGCCUGAAGUUUGGACCGCGACUGACCAGCAAUUGCCCCGUGGCCGCCUCCGUCCCUUGGGAGGACCUUUGGUCUCCCGGUGCGAGGAGUCUGGCUCAGGGCUCUCCUGUGACUCUUUCCAGGGAGGACAGACGGCGCUGAUGCUGGGGGUGAGCCAUGACAGGGGGGACAUGGUCAAGGCCCUGCUGACCUGCCACGCCGACGUCAACCUCCAGGACCACGAGGGGACGUCGGCCCUCAUGGUGGCUGUUCGCCAUGGCAACGCGGACAUGGUGAGGCUCCUCCUGGCUCAUCCGGACUGCGAUGCGAUGCUGACUGACAAGGCUGGCCACACGGCCUUGUCCAUGGCCCUGGCCUCGCCUGCCCACGCCGAGAUUGCUGAACUCCUGUGGGCCCACGCGGAGCGGCCCUCAGGGAGUCCCAGAGAAGCUGGCACCCCCGGACAAAAGGCUCGUUGUGGGACUCCGCCAUCUUAGCCGUGGGGGGCCGAGGUCGCCGCGGGAGCUCCUUCCUCAGCUUCUCCAGGGAAAGACCGACGUCAGAUAGCCUCCCCCCAUCCUGACGGAGCAAUCCUGGCCCGGCCAAGGGGCUGCUGGACCUCAGAAGACAUCCGCGGGGUGGGCUGGGUUGGGUGUGUUUAACACUUGUGGGAUUCGAAGUCCUGUUUCCUCAGUAUCCCCCAGGAGCACGAAGGAGCCCCAGGCAAGCCUCAGAAGCACAUCAGCAAAGCAAUACUUUUUACGUGAAAUGGGAAGAAAUGUGUCUUUUCCCCGCA